CCAACUACCAACUUCCUCUUCCUCUCCUUCCUUCUCUCUCCUUCCUCCUUUCUUCCCUCCCCAGCAGACUACUACUACAACAUACAUACUAGUUGACCGUCUUUCUUUACUCUCGAAGCCCGUCGUAACUCAUACGGGAAUCAACUGAGUGAGGAAACUAGCACCAUCCCUCUCCUUCAUCCCCAUACUAUACUAAACACCCAGAAACUCUAGUAGUUCCAUCAAACCACAAUGCGUGAAGUAAUCAGUUUGCACGUCGGUCAAGCCGGUUGUCAACUCGGAAAUGCCUGCUGGGAACUUUACACCAUCGAACACGGUUUGAGUCCCGAUGGUCGAAUCGGCUCUCCCACCGCCAGAGGUGACGACGGUUUCAGUACCUUCUUUAGCGAGACUGGUGCUGGGAAAUACGUCCCAAGGAGUAUCUACAUCGAUUUAGAACCCAAUGUGGUCGAUGAAGUCCGAACUGGGACUUACCGAAGUCUCUUCCACCCCGAAACCUUGGUCACUGGUAAAGAAGAUGCCGCCAACAACUAUGCCCGUGGUCAUUACACCGUCGGAAAGGAACUCAUCGAUAUCUCGAUGGACCGAAUCCGAAAGUUGGCAGACAACUGUACCGGUCUCCAGGGAUUCUUUGUCUUCCACUCCUUCGGUGGUGGGACCGGUUCCGGUUUCGGUGCACUCCUCUUGGAGAGACUCAGUGCUGAUUACGGCAAGAAGUCCAAGUUGGAGUUUGCCGUUUACCCGGCUCCUAAGAUGUCCAGCUCGGUCGUCGAGCCUUACAACUCCGUCCUCACCACCCACACCACCCUCGAACACGUCGACUGUUCCUUCAUGGUCGACAACGAGGCCAUCUACGACAUCUGCCGAAAGAACUUGGGCGUCCAAUCGCCCGGGUUCACCAACCUCAACAGGCUUAUCGCCCAGGUCGUCUCCUCGGUCACCGCCUCCUUACGAUUCGAUGGAAGUUUGAACGUCGAUCUCAACGAGUUCCAAACCAACUUGGUCCCCUUCCCCCGAAUCCACUUCCCCCUGGCCACCUACGCGCCCAUCAUCUCUGCCGAGAAGGCUUUCCACGAGUCCAACAGCGUCGCCGAGAUGACGAUGUCCUGUUUCGAGCCCAACAACCAAAUGGUCAAGUGCGACCCCCGCCAGGGCAAAUACAUGUCCUGCGCCCUCCUCUACCGUGGAGACGUCGUACCCAGAGACGCGAACGCCGCCGUCGCUACCAUCAAGACCAAGCGCACCAUCCAGUUCGUCGACUGGUGUCCUACCGGUUUCAAGCUCGGGAUCUGUAACGAGGCCCCGGCUUGUGUCCCCGGUUCCGACACCGCCAAGGUCAGUCGCAGUUUGUGUAUGCUUAGCAACACCACUGCUAUCGCUGCCGCAUGGAGCAGACUCGACCACAAGUUCGACUUGCUCUACAGCAAACGUGCCUUCGUCCACUGGUAUGUGGGUGAAGGUAUGGAAGAGGGAGAGUUCUCGGAAGCUCGAGAAGACUUGGCGGCUCUCGAGAAAGAUUACGAGGAGGUUGGCUUGGACGGUGGUGACGAAGAGGAUGUUGGUGAAUACUAGAGAGAGAAGAUUCAUCUUCGCUAGUCUAAUGAUCAUUUUUUUCUUCAGAGCAAAGCCUUGAGGCGUUUUCUUGACCUCUUAUUUAUGGGAAAAGACGUGUCUUUUGGUUUUUCGUGUCGCAGUCCCUUCUUCUCUAGAAUAAAUAAUACGCGUUGAAUUACUUUUAAGAGAAAACAUCUUGCAAGCACAUUCUAGAUGAAACUCUUGCAAUCAUGAGAGAGUGAAGAGCAGUC